UAGACUGUCGCAGAGAGCCAGAAGUAAGUGUUGUACGGCGUGAAUAGUGAUGGUUGUGCUGCUGCAAAAUAUCACAAUUCUACAACAAAACAAAGAGUGGAUAUUUGUCUGAAUAAAAUCGUGGAUUGAAAAGAAGUUUCAGAUGCUAUAACAUAAACCCCCUAACAUAAAGACUGGGUUUCGAAAUUGGAACCAGUCAGUGACCGAUCCAAGUUAUCAAAUUUGUAUAUUUUUUCUGUAAUAAUUUUGUGAAAAGAAAAAAAAAAAAAAUGUGUACUUUCUCGUUAUCCUCUCCUUCCGUGCAAGUAGGAACAGUCCCAUCUUCUUCUUUCUCUCUCCCUGUAUUGCCGUCCAUUCCCAUUGAGGCCAGUAAUUACGCCGGCAUAUCCUUCACCUUCAGGAACAGAAGAAAAAAGCCAAGGCUUGUCAAGGUCUUAGCUUUCUCGAAAGCCAAAGAUGUCUGGAGGAGAACACCGACGUACGAAACUACACCGUUUGAUCAACUUCCCGACAACUUCCAGCGUAGGAAACGACAAGGGCCGGCGUAUUUGGAUCACAGCGUGGAUAUGGAUGAGCUUUUGGUCUCAAUUGGGCAGACCCAGAACGAGCAUGAACUGUAUUCUCUUCUCUCACCCUACAAAGGAAGGCAGCUUUCGAUAAAGUUCAUGGUUUCGCUGCUCUCGCGCGAGUCCGAUUGGCAACGGUCGCUCGCUAUUCUCGAUUGGAUUAAUGAAGAAGCUCUGUACACUCCCUCCGUGUUCGCUUACAACGUUGUUAUUCGUAAUGUGCUUCGUGCCAAGCAGUGGGAAAUCGCACAUGGAUUGUUUGAAGAAAUGCGACAGAGAGCAUUAGCGCCCGAUAGAUAUACUUACUCUACGCUUAUUACUUAUUUUGGGAAAGAGGGUAUGUUUGAUUCUGCCCUUUCUUGGCUCCAGCGAAUGGAGCAAGACCAUGUUUCUGGUGAUCUCGUUUUGUAUAGUAAUUUGAUUGAGCUUUCGAGGAAGUUAUGUGACUAUUCAAAGGCAAUCUCCAUUUUUACGAGAUUGAAGAGGUCUGGUAUCACCCCAGACCUUGUUGCUUACAACUCCAUCAUUAAUGUGUUUGGAAAAGCUAAGCUCUUUCGAGAGGCUCGUCUUCUGCUUAAGGAGAUGAGGGCGGUGGGUGUUUUUCCUGAUACUGUUAGCUACUCUACUCUUUUAAAUAUGUAUGUUGAGAACCAAAAGUUUGUGGAGGCACUCUCUUUGUUCUCCGAGAUGAAUGAAGUCAGGUGCCCACUUGAUCUUACAACUUGUAAUAUUAUGAUUGAUGUUUAUGGGCAACUGGAUAUGGCCAAAGAAGCUGACCGGUUGUUUUGGAGCAUGAAGAAGAUGGGAAUUGAACCUAAUGUUGUUAGUUAUAAUACCCUUUUGAGGGUUUAUGGCGAGGCUGAGCUUUUUGGAGAAGCCAUCCAUCUCUUCCGAUUGAUGCAGAGGAAGGAUAUUGAGCAGAAUGUUGUCACCUACAACACCAUGAUUAAGAUUUAUGGUAAAUCUCUAGAGCAUGAAAAAGCUACAAACCUUGUGCAAGAAAUGCAGAAGAGAGGGAUUGAACCAAAUGCUAUUACAUACUCAACAAUAAUAUCUAUAUGGGGUAAGGCAGGGAAAUUGGAUCGAGCGGCAAUGUUGUUCCAAAAGUUGAGGAGCUCAGGGGUUGAGAUUGAUCAGGUCCUUUAUCAGACAAUGAUUGUAGCUUAUGAGAGAGUAGGUUUGGUUGCUCAUGCUAAGCGUUUGCUUCAUGAGCUCAAGCGUCCAGACAAUAUCCCUAGGGAGACUGCAAUUACCAUUCUUGCUGGAGCUGGUCGGAUAGAAGAGGCUACAUGGGUUUUCCGUCAGGCUUUCGAUGCAGGGGAGGUGAAGGAUAUAUCUGUCUUUGGUUGCAUGAUAGAUCUUUUUUCGAGAAACAAAAAGUAUGCAAAUGUCACUGAGGUGUUUGAGAAGAUGAGAGAGGCUGGAUACUUUCCUGAUUCUAAUGUGAUUGCACUUGUAUUGAAUGCUUAUGGAAAAUUGCGGGAGUUUGAGAAGGCAGAUGCUAUUUAUAGGGAGAUGCAGGAAGAGGGGUGCGUUUUCCUGGAUGAAGUUCACUUCCAGAUGCUCAGUCUGUAUGGUGCAAGAAAGAAUUUUAAGAUGGUAGAGUCACUGUUUGAGAAGCUGAACUCUGAUCCUAACAUGAACAAGAAGGAGCUGCAUCUUGUUGUUGCCAGCAUCUAUGAAAGAUCAAAUAGACUUAAUGAUGCAUCCCGAAUCAUGAGCAGGAUCAGUGACAGACGAAUCUUGACAUCGUGAACACAGUGGAAAAGUUGUUAUCCAAUAAUCCUUUCCCCCAUUUGUUGCAAGUCGCAUGGUUAAUCUGUAAAUAUUAUUCUCUCGAGUGUUGUUCAGAUGGCUUUCUUGUCUCAUCUUCAAUUUAUUUGUACGAUAAACAAAAUAUCAUACUUGUGGAGGUGAUCAUGUAAAUUGGCCAAUAUACGAAGAGGUUUGUCAUGAUUUAGAUCAAUAAAUGAGAGACCUGUUCUAUGUGGAAGAUUGAGGAACUGGAUUAUGAAGAACAUGUGUUCAAGUUCAAAUGAAAAGGUUGAAAUGUAGAAUACAAGUUUGACUUAAAACCCUUUAUCUGAAAGUACGAAAGAAUUCUUGUAGGGGAAAUUAGUUAUUAUUCCAUUAGAUGUAAUUUAGGAAGGCUGGUUAAUUUUUUUCUUAUAAAGAAUGUUGUUUCUGAGUCCAGUUGAAGAUGAUACAGCCACAGCAUAGUUACUGAACUUAUUGCUCAAUUGAAUAUAUGAUAUGUGGAUACCUUGCUUUGUAGUU